GAGCGACAUCAUCAACGACACCAAAUCGUGGUGGUAGAGGGAAAAAAGGACAUCACGAACUUUUAACUGAAGCCGAAAAAAAAGCGAAUCACAUUGCAUCUGAACAGAAAAGACGACAAAAUAUACGUUUAGGGUUCGAUCAAUUAGUUGAAAUCGUUCCGACCUUAAGUCAAUGUCAUAGAA